AAGUAGAAGAAAAAAAAAACAAAAAAAACAAUUACGCAAAUUUGGCAGAAGAAUUAGGGAAAAGAACAAACGAGAACGAACCCUACUUGUGUUCCUUGUUCUUCGCUUUCAUUUCGUCUCUCUCAAAAAUACUACGAUUCGCGAUUUUUCAACUAUCGAACUCAUUCCUCACUGAACUAGGUAUGGAAUUGUUGUUUGGAGUUGAUCGCACUGACGUACAAGUAAUAUACCCUCGAGUUCAGUGAUGCUUCUGAGACAGCUGAAACAAUUUACCUUGUCUGCUGCACGCAGAAAUGCUGUUUUCGGAACUGAUGUUAAACAGCUUGCAAGGUUCUAUGGCUCUCCUGCUGUUUGCGAGACUCUGACAACAACCUCUAAGGUUUACAAAAGACUGUCUAAAGAGGAUCGGCGAGUUUUGGUUGAGUCUUAUGUCAACGAAUACAGAGCAAGUAAUGCUGGUAAAUUCCCUACAUUAAAGGCUAUUCGCAAGGAAGUGGGAGGCUCUCCUUACAUUCUCAGGGUAAUUUUACAAGAGCUGAAACUCAGACCUAAAGCAGAUGUGCCAAUUGUAGCUAAAGCUCUCUCGGAAGUCUCAGUCUCUCCUUCUGUACCAGAUGGUUCUUCCUCGCACUUCUCUCCUGUCGUUGUUGAACCUCAGAUUCAAGCUGGCACUGGCAGUCUGGACAUUGAGAUAGGAAGUGAGCGGAAGCAGGACAUAAUAGAUUCUUCUCUCUCUGACUCUGAUGGUGAAAGUACUCUCCAGGGAAACAACAACAUUACUGCAACAGAUGACAAAAGAGAAACAGAGAAAAGUCAGAUAAUUGAAGUAGAGGUGUGUUUGAAAAACUCGGAGACUGAGGAAGAGGGAAACUUGACUCACUUGGGCAAUCAAGAGUCAAAAGCAGACCAUCUUGAAGGAGCUACUGUUCUAGUAGAUGAUGAAAGUAAUCUCCAGGGAAACAAGCUUUUCAAUACUGCAAUAGAUGAAAAAAGAGAAAUAGAGACAAGUCAGAGAAUAGAAGUAGAGGUGUGUCUGAAAAACUCGGAGGCUGAGGAAGAGGGAAACUUGACGCGCUUUGGUAUUCAAGAGUCAAUAGCAAACCAUCUUGAAGUAGUUACUGGUUCAGCAGCAGAUGAUGGAAGUAAUCUCCAGAGCAACGACAACCUUGUCAUCAGUGCAACAGAUGACAAAAGAGAAACUGAGACAAGUCAGCGAAUAGAAGUAGAGGUAUCUUUAAAAAACUCGGAGACUGAGGAAGAGAGAAACGUGAUGCAUUUAGGUAAUCAAGAGUCCAUAGCUGACCAUCUUGAAGGAGUUGCUGUUACAGCUGAUGAUGAAAGUAAUCUCCAGGGCAACAACAACCUUGUCAUUACUGCAACAGAUGACACAAUAGAAACACAGACAAGUCAGAGAAUAGAAGUAGAGGUAUGUCUAAAAAACUCGGAGACUGAGGAAGAGGGAAACUUGACUCACUUGGGUAAUCAAGAGUCGAAAGCAGACCAUCUUGAAGUAGCUGUUUCAGCAGAUGUUGUGCCUACUGAGACCAGACACGUUUCCGAGAUAGGAGCUAGUGAGACGAAAGAGACGGGAGCUGGUGAAGUGAAAGAAGAAAAGUCAAGUGCGUGGAGCAACCUAUUGUCAUUUGCGAAAGAUUUUGCAAGCAUUUGGAGAAGGUAGAUAUAGCGAGGGAGCUUUAGACACGUUCUGGAGGGGUAGGUAGAGGUGUGUGAAUUAUAUUCACCAGUAGAAACUGUUUUGAUUUGACAAUUUUGCUCAGAGGUUUGGAAUCUCCCGAGAUCAAAACACAACUUUUCUAGUGGCUAGUUUUGUGAUUGACCAUUUUGUACAAAGGGUUAGAAUCUCCCA